AUGGACACUACUGGCCCCAGCAACAUCUGGGGAGCCCGUACCAACGCCAGCGAUUCCUGGUCCUUCGAUAUCUACGAAGACCCAGAUAAGGAAAAUAUCUUCGCCACUGGCUCCGACUAUGACUCUCCCGUCCGGCCUGAGCCUGAGCCUGAAAACGACCUCGCACGUCUCGCUACCCGCCAGCAGGAUGCAUUUGGCGUCCUCCCUUAUUCCCAGGCUCUUAUUGACAUUGCUUUCCGUGAAGAUGGAGUUUUGAGCCACCCUGCCAGUGAUUCUCCCAGUGUUCCUACCCCCACUGAAACUUUGCGCCCUGCGAUGCGUAUCGAGGUACGCGAGGAAGAAGAAAUAGACUCAGGAGAGGGCUUCAUUGAUUUGGAGGAUACUCUGGAAAGUGGCCAGAUUCGGGAAAUUCAGCACCUGAGUGAUGUUUUUGUCCGUGGUGUCGAAGACCGAAUGGUUCAUGGUCGCCAUUAUCCCAUGCGUGACGAUGGCAAUAUUCAAGGUCCGGCAAACGUCUUCAUGGAGGCUCGCCGCAUUACUCACUACCAGCGCCACCAGAGCCGCCGGGCAAACUUCGAGGCUGACGAAUAG